AUGAGCGAUUUCCGAAGCACUUAUGAUGGCAAAAUCGAUUCAGAUUUUGAUGCUGGCCUCUCUGAUGGGGAACCGACACGAAACCUGGGAAAAGCACCACCAGACACUGAAGGAGAAGAAGAGGAUCCUGUUGGGAAUUCACGUGCGCGUCCAACAGAUCCCGAAGAAAUCUGGGACGGGACCAAGCCAGCGAUCGAGGAUCUCAUCCAUCUGGACAAUACUCACUGUAGAGCCAACUUCAUCGGGCCAAAGGUGGAGACAGAACACGAUCUCUUUGUCUGUGGAAAGGCAACCCGGCAUUGUCAAGAACACAAGGACGAACGCAAAGUGAGCAGAGCAGAACCACAAUGGCUUCUACGAGUUGAAUCUGCACAUUUAGAUAAGAAUGGGGAAUCUGUCUUCCAUGGCAAGCGAAAUGGAUUCCAAUGCUCCGAGGAGAAGAUGGAGGCGCGCCUUCAUCUUGAUCAUGUCAGGCUCUGGGAUGACGAUUACCCACGAAGCAGUGGAGUGGACGAGAGCGAAGUGGAGUCAGAAAGAGAGAUGUUGGGAUAUGACAAAAUAUGA